AUGGAGGAAACCAACGAGAACCAGGAGCGCAUCUACCGGUGGCGCGACGGCACGGAGGUCAAGUAUGAAAAUUGGAAGAAAGGGCAACCGUCCGGCACCGAUCGUUAUUGCAUGGUUAUAAGUCGCAACGGCGAAUGGAUCAAUCGGAGAUGCUCUCAAAAUUAUCAAGGGGUUUGUCAACGGGCCGUUGGUGCUCAGGAAGCCCGAAAUUUGACGUAUGAAUGGACUGACGGCAGCGAGGGCAAGUUCUUCUACUGGGUGGUGAACGAGCCGAAGGGGGACGAGUGUGCGCAGAUCAUCACGGAAGGCAUCAGACGGUGGCACCAUCGCUGGGACGACAUCGCGUGUACGCAAAAAAGAGCAUCAAUUUGCAAGAAAUCCGCUUACAUUUACGCG